CAUGCAUGGAGGAAGAAGCCAAGGAAGCAAAGCAAGGAACCAUUCGUUGUGCAGAGGAACACAGCUGCCGACUGCCGUGGUGCCUAAACAUUUAACACUACACUCCUACCGCCCUCCGCCUCUCGGAUCGCGAUGGCGUCUCCUGCCGCCGCCGACUUCUAUUCGAUCUGAAGGCGAGCACACAUCAAUGGAAUGAUGGGUGUUGAUCGAACCAGCGGAUUGAUGGGUUAUAUCGGCGUUCGUGCGCACAUUUCCUGUCUGUUGUUGGUCUUCUAAGGCAAGAGAGAUUUCGUCAUGGAAAGAAAGAAUAUCUACGCAACAGAUGUUGAUAGCGCCAGAGAGGAUAUAUUUGAGGCUAUCCGGCAGGAGAGUGACAAAAACGUCAUCUACUUUAAUGGUUGGGGUGGCUUUGGGGCGGCCCCGGUUCUCAGAUCCAUAGAACAAGAACUUUGGUCAAUCAAAGCUCAAAAUAUUCCUUCAAGGCUAUGCUGUGACACAAUAAUUUACAUAGAUUGCUCAGCAUGGGAAAGUAGAAGGGUGAUGCAGAGGAAAAUCGCAGAAGAGCUAAAACUAGGCCUUGAAACAGUAAUGGCCAUGUUUGACAAGCAGGAUGAAGAGGAUGACUUCAACGGUGUGGACUUUGGCUCUAGGGAUGUGAUACCUAGUGUUUCACAAGUGAUUGCCCAAACCCUAAUUAAUAGAAAACUUGUGAUGGUUUUCCUUAAUGGGAGUGAUGACGAGGUUGAUGUAAGUAAGUUUGGCAUUAGUCCUGACUACCUCGACCACGUAAUAAUAUGGACAUUCAAAAGAUUGUCUUUGACUAUACAUGCCGACCCUUUUGAGAUAGCAAGCAAGCUGAGAUACACCCACCUUUUUCUCUCUUCUUGGUACUCGAGCAAUCAAUUAUACAGUUCACAGUUUGAUGCAUUGCUGCGUAAAGAAGCAGCAAACAUAGUUGAUCGCCACCCAUGGAUGCAGGGCGUUGACCCAACAAUGGUAAUGGAUAGUGUUGCCUGUACGAGCUGUUCUUGCAAUAUAAUUUCCACAGGGCCACGGGAUUUGAUUGGGUGACUCAUGCUCCAAACUACUGGAUGUGUGAUGGGAUAAUUAAGGGAGAUGGAACAAGGGAGAUUACUGAUGCAUUGCAUCAGGAAAUACAUUGGGUAGGUGAUCAUGCUUCUCGGCUUGACGAAGUGUUUAAAAUACUCAUGGAAGACUGGGCACCAUUUUUGGUAGUCAGGGAUGGUAUUUCCUUCUCUAGAAAGAGGCCAUGUUGUCCCUGGAUUUCUAUCACCUCAGAGAAUCUGACAAUACAAGAAGAUACAAAAGCUAUAUUGGAAAGGGCAUCGUCUUUGUUCGUAGCACUUGACAAGUCUGGGAACUCACCAAAUGUGUUCCUUAAACACUGCUGCAACCUUGGCGUGCUAAUUCUCUAUCAUUGCACCUUCAAUUUUAUGUCACCUCCUUUCCUCCAGUGUAAGGGAUUGUGAUUCCUCGGAUUGGAUCGCUGCACACAUGACAACAUAAGUGAAGGUGGAGAGAACAAUGCAAAUUGGAUGUGUCUACAAAGCCUAUGGGUGCUUGACUUACGUUACACAGAAUGGAAUGAUAUCUUAUUUGAAGGAAAUAUGGAUAUCAUGAUUAACCUCAGGGAGCUAAAUAUUGAAGGAUUCAUGUCUUGGCAAUUAAUAAGUAGAUUACAAGGAAGGUUGCGUUACCUCCAAAAGCUUCGGAUAAUCAAACCCACUCAUAAAGCAGAGACAACAUCAAUAGAUUGGUACAACUCAUUCAUGGACAAAAUAGAUCUGAAAAUACUUGAUUUGUCUGGUAAUAGAGACAUGAAAAAUCUGCCAGCAAACUUAUCAAUGGCCAAGAGCCUCCAGGCACUUAUCACUUUAGGUGGGCUAACAAGAUGUUACGCCGAAUCGCUGCACGUGCAUGAUGCCGCAAUCAGCACUAACAUAACCUCGUCGUACUGGUAUCGCCUGAAGUGGUGCCAUGUGGAGAGGUGCCCCAACUUGGAUAUGAUCUUCCCUGCAAAGGCAAUCGACGGUAGAAAUCGACUGCAAACCAUCUGGGCAUCGGAUCUCCAGAUGGCCCGGUGCAUUUGGGGCAAAGGUUUGAAAAGCGACUGGUAUAUAAAUGGUUCCUUCCAAAAUCUGCAGCACCUACACCUGCGCUCCUGCCCACGGCUCCAGUUCGCGCUACCGGUGUGGGUCAACUCCUUCCCCAGCUUGGAGACCCUCCACAUCUUCGGCUGCGGCGACCUCACGCACGUCUUCGUGCUGGACGAAUUGUACUCGUCGGGGAUAGUCGCCCGCGGCUUAUCGUUCCAAAAGCUGAUCACCAUCCACCUGCACGACAUGCCGAAGCUGCGGCAGAUAUCUGAGGUUAAGAUGAUCGCACCGGCGCUCGAGACCAUCAGGAUCAGGGGGUGCUUCGGCCUGCGCCGGCUGCCGGCCUUGCAGGGCCGCGGGCCACGCGUGAAGAGACCAGCCGUCGAGAUGGAGAAGGAUGUCUGGGAGGCGCUGGAGUGGGACGGGCUUACCGCCGGCCACCACCCCAGCCUCUUCGAGCCGCCCGUGCACUCGCGCUACUACAGGAGGAAGCGCCUCCUCAGGGGCACCGUUCUCAGGUGAAUCCUGAACACGGUCCACACUGCCGUGGCUGCUGCGGGAGAUGGCCGACUCGUUCACCCUCUACAUGAUGGACGCUGAUCGAGCAGGGUUGCUGGCUUGCUGUGAUGAUUUCAUUUCUGCUGCAGGCUGCAGCAGCUGCCUUUGGUUGAGUUUGUUGCUGAGAAGGGUAGGGGCCUCAGGUUGGCUUCCUGCUUGCACUGAUGCUUGCUGGCCGAGUUGGCCAAGCAAGCGUUCGGUUCACGCGUUCUUUGGAAUAAAAAAUGCCGCCGGGUUUUCUGACUGCACGCGUGUUGCGCUCAAUGGUCAGACACCGGCCGGCGUGUGUGCUCGAGUAUGUGGCUUGCGAUAGGAUCUGAGACAAUGAAGCAGCAGCAGUAGCUGGGUCUGGGUGUGUGCUGCCCACCUGCUGCGUGUGCGUUUGAUGUUGUGUGGCUUGAUGAGUGCCUGCUACUCCGUUUGAAACGGAGUGCGGGGCUAAUAAGCAGCAGCUGUGAGUUUGCUUUCUUUAUAAUGUUUGAUGAACCAAGAGACAGCUGGUUUGUGUGCCUGAUGCCGGCUGCUGUGAUUUGUGAACCAUUUAUUAAGCUUCAAUGUAUGGUGUUUGUGGUGUGUGAAUUA